AUGCCCUCAGUCACUUCAUCGCGGCCCUCGAGGAAGAGCAAGCAGGCCGUUGUGCCGGGCAUCGCCAGAGAGGACUCAGAUGACGAGCUGGGCGUUGACGACCACCCUUGGAAAUGGAUCUAUGCCGACAUCCGAGAAGCAUCGCCGGCCGGAGGGGCUUCACGCAAGAGGAAGCGUGCCCUGGAGGAUGAGGAGCCGAGGAUCAUUGGCGCAAGGAUGGGCUCGUUUGUGUGUCGUGUGGGUGACAUUGUGCUCCUCAAAGCAGAGACGUCCGGUGAGGCCUGGAUCGCCAUCAUCCGCGAGUUCCUAGAGGACGAAGACGGGGAGAUGGCUGCCGAUUUCUUGUGGUUCUCGUCCGAGAAGGAAAUACGGAACAAGCACAAGAAGAGGACGGACUUUCUCUGGAACGAGCUGUACAUAACCCCAAACUCGGAUUUGAACCCACUGGCAGCCAUCAAUGGGAGGGCGAGGGUCGUUUCGGUGGAGGCGUUCCAGAAACUCUAUCCCAACGGGAAGGUGCCAAGGAGCUCGAAGGACCAUGGCAAGAUCUUUGUUUGCCGGCGAGGGUGUAACACGAGGACGGCCACCUACACUGAUGAGUUUGUGUGGGACGAUGUCUAUCAGGGAGCAGAUGAUAUCCACGCGCUGGAGGAGUUGGUUGAAGGUGGGACGAAAGCGACGAGAAAACGCAGGCCAGCGAGGCAGAGAACCCCGGAUGAGCUUUACGAUGCCAUUGACGACGGCGACGAGGAAGGAAGGGGCCAGAAACGAACGCCACGGAAGCCGUCCAGCCACCUCGGUACGCCGAAGAAACCACGAUCUGCGGGCAAACCAGUGACUCCAUCGUCUCAUCGAAAGAUUGUUUUGAAGAAGCACCUCGAGUUCACUCCUUUAGCAACUCGCAUCCUCUCACCAAGUCACCAUCAGUCUUCCCCGUUCCAGUUGGCCCGAGCCAAUCUCCACGUUGCGUCCGUCCCAACCAGUCUGCCGUGCCGAGAGGCAGAAUUCAGUCUAGUCUACUCUCACCUCGAGGCUGCUAUCACAGAUGGCAUGGGGACCUGUAUCUACAUAUCUGGAACCCCUGGGACGGGCAAGACCGCAACCGUCAGGGAGGUGGUUUCCCGGCUGGAUGAGUCCGUGAGAUCGGACGAGCUGGACGACUUCAUCUUUGUCGAGAUCAAUGGCAUGAAGAUCACGGAUCCGCAUCAGGCUUACUCACUCCUGUGGGAGGCGCUUAAGGGGCAACGAGUCAGCCCGUCGCAGGCUCUGGAUCUAUUGGAAAGGGAGUUUAGCCAUCCCAGCCCUCGCCGGGUGCCAUGUGUUGUAUUGAUGGAUGAGCUGGACCAGCUGGUCACCAAAAACCAGGGAGUGAUGUACAACUUCUUCAACUGGCCUGGCUUGAGACACAGCCGACUUAUUGUGUUGGCUGUGGCGAAUACCAUGGAUCUGCCAGAGAGAACACUGAGCAACAAGAUCAGCAGUCGCUUGGGACUGACACGAAUCACCUUCCCUGGUUACAACCACGAGCAACUCAUGAAGAUCGUGCAGUCCAGACUCGAGGGCGUACCCGGGAAUAUCGUCGAGCCAGAUGCCAUUCAGUUCGCAAGCCGCAAAGUCGCAGCCGUCAGCGGAGACGCCAGGCGGGCGCUCGAUAUCUGCAGGAGAGCAGUGGAGCUCGCAGAAGUGGAGGCAAAGUCAGCAGACCCAACGUUGGAGCCCUCGACGCCGAGCAAGAGGCAGAGGGAGAAAGAGGCCAAGGGCGAGACGCAGAGCAGGAAGAAGAACCUCGGCAGGGUCACCAUCGACACAGUGCGCAGAGCGAUCAAGGAGGCGACGAGCAGCCCCUUGCAGCAGUACCUGCGCACCCUGCCCUUUGCCUCUAGGCUGUUGCUGUCCGCGCUCCUGGCGAGGACGCAGAGGACGGGCCUGGCAGAGAGCACGUACGGGGAUGUGCUCGAGGAGAUGCAGCGCUCGCUGAAGCUCGCUGCCGAUAGCCGGCAGUUAGAGCUACUGGAGAGGAAAGCGCGCCCGGCCGGUGGCAAUGCGUGGGAGAACAAGACGCGGCAUGAUGCAAAGGGGGUCCGCCUCGCGGGCCUGGGGGCUGCCGCCGUCGAUCUCACAGGGGCUGGCAUCAUCAACCUGGAGGCGCACAAGGCUGAGCGGCCGAGCAAGAUCCGCCUGGCGGUUGGGGACGAGGAGGUCCGGCUGGCGUUUCGAGAUGAUCCUGAGAUAAAGGCAAUGAGCCUCAUUAUGUAG